GCCUGACCUCCGACUACCUCAAUGUUACAUGCCUUCCAACCGUUUCCCCCGGCGUGAAAAGACACUUUCCCUCGGACCCGCUAGAUGUUGAGGGUGACUGCCCCUGGACGAAAUCGCAAUGACCCUGUCGCCGCCGCUGAGAGUCUAGGCCGCUAAUUUGUGCAGAUCGACGUUAAGGAUCGCUUUGCAAGAGGCAGCCUCAAGGGAUUGGUCUUAAAAUGGCUCUAUUCUAACGGAGGGAAGCCAUCUCACGCUUUCCAUUAUCCUAUAACCCCCACCGUCGCGCAUAUACCCACCUUCCGGAGCCAAAUGAACCUCUACUUCUCCCCCAACGAUCCCGGAGAAACCAUGCUGGUUUCUGACGACGGGAUCGUGCAUUAUAAAAUUGUGACAGCAAAACGAAAUGUAAUCGGUUCAUGUGCGAGGACUAUCAUCGAGAGGCCCGAAGAAGUCAACGGCAGUCGGGCUGUUGCCGUUAUCAAAUGGAGGCGUUGGUCUCACCCUUCAGUUAUGACCCAUAUCUUCGAUGGCAUAAAACAAGAAAUGGACCUCAGAGAGUUCUUGUAUAAACUUGGGGGAAAGUUCACUGGGACAAGAUAUUUUCUGGGCAACGAUGAUCUUGAAUAUCGUUGGAAGGAUGUCAUUGGCACGGGACCUGUCUUGACUAACCGGCGUACGAAGGGGGAAGUAGCCCGCUUCACGCAAGAAAUCGCCCCGGAAGGUUUCACCCUUGGCGAGAGAAGGUGGUUCCUCCAGAUCCUACCUUCUAGUCUCGACAUAGAUAUGGUUGUUCUCACCUUCAUCAUCAUGGAGAUACGUCGUAGAGCUCGUCUUGCGAACCCUAACGACACUCUCCAUGAUGAAGAACCUAAUGAAGGUGGUUGCGGUGAAUGACUAGACAGGGUCAUCUUUGGGUGCAUGUGGUUACAUGCGGGCUGUCUGUGGGCGUGGAUUCGUACUUGUUUAUCGGCUAGGACUUGUUUUUUGGGUGCUAAUCGUGGAUUUUGCUAUAGACCGUGACAUGAUACGAUACUGGGUGACGCUCUCCGUGCUUUGUUCUCAUCAUCUUCGUAACCUACAUCCUCAGGCAAACAUCUUCCUGCGCUGCCCAAGUCUUGGCCGAGACGUAGAGAUCCCUGAACGCCUUCCCUGGCUUGGCUCCUAGGCCCUCCUUGUAUGCGUUUAAACCAUCCAGGAAGACCGUGCGACACCUUCUCAACUCCUCGACCUCCACUUCGUCGACGAGGAUACGUGCCGCUGACGGUUGCGUAUUGCGAUCGGGUGCUGCAAUCUCAACGACAGACUCAGUUGUCAUUUCUCGCACGUUAGUGUUGUGCCCCUCUGUGUGCUCGGAUAUGGAUUCGGUUGGGAUUUUCGAUUGGUUACCGCGUUCCGAGCAUCCUACACUUGUUUCUCUAUUAGCUCCACCAAAGAACGCGUCGAUAUUCAAUUGAGUCUCGGUGCGCUGUUUCUUCUUGGAUGUGGCAUUAUGUGUGUCCCCAUCUUCUACAUUUUGCGCUGUAUAACAGACAUUGUAACGUACGGGACAAUGUUAACAGAUAGACCGACUGACUCACCCUUGCGCUUAGGUACAAACGAGCAACCUUUCCGGUAACUAACAAUAUUAUCACAUCUCUUCCUGGUCGUACUUGAAGUAACGCAGGUCAAUUUCCGCUUUUGACAUCCUUCACAAGAUGGCUCGUUCAAGGAGACAGGAGCAGAUAUUGAUGCUUUCGGGUCAGCAUCGGAUGUUGUAUCGAUUUGCUCCUGAUCCAGAGAGGUAGCGCUAGCAUCUGAGAAUGGUUAAUAUAUACCUGGUCUGCUACAAAUUUAGAUGUACUUCAACUCACUUGUUGCUUCACUAUUUAGACCUUCCUC